GUCCGCUGUUGGGGAUACCAUUUCUCACAUCAAACCGACUUCAAAACCCCACCUCCCCUCGUCCCAGUCUCUUCGAACAACACAAUGUCUGGAGCAGCAUCGACCGCGGCCACUUCCAAGUUCUCGUCAUUCAUGAACCACCCAGCAGGCCCUAGGACGGUCUUCUUCUGGGCUCCCCUCAUGAAAUGGUGUCUCGUCAUUGCUGGUGUCAAGGACCUGGGAAGACCAGCGGAAAAGUUGAGCGUAUCUCAGAAUUUAGCGCUGACGGCGACGGGUUUCAUCUGGGUCCGUUACUCCCUUGUCAUCACGCCCGUGAACUACUCUCUGGCAGCCGUAAAUUUCUUCGUCGGAUCAACAGGUCUUGGUCAACUGGCGCGCAUUGCGAACUACCGAUUCAGCCAGGAGAAGGCCACCAAGGAGAAAGCGGUCUAGGU